GUAAGAAAGAAGAUAGCCGUAUGAGUGUACCGCUGAUUUAGAUUACUGUCAUUCGACAUCGCCAGUCGUUCGCUCAUCUCACUUUACUCGCAUCAUAUUGUGCCCAUAUUCAUUUAUACAAAACCUUUUUCUUCUUGGAACUAUAUCAAGAUCUUCAACAAUAUACCAACAUGAAAGGCCUGCUCUUCCUGUUGAUCUGCAUAGAAAUCCUGGGUGCAUUGUAUGGAGCUCUAAAUAUAUCUACUACUGCCGUUUCUACCAGCAGUCAUGCCACAUCUGAUUCCAUCAGUGUUGCUUCGUCACUUAAAGCAGUCCCCAUGGUCUCCAGUCGUCCAAGCACCCCACCUUCACCUCACAAACAGUCCAUCACCAGCACCACAACCACCAGAGCCACAUCCACCAGAGCCACAUCCACCAGAGCCACAUCCACCAGCACACCUAUCAAUAUGUUUAACAUGAAGGAAUGUCGUCCGGUGUUCAUUGUGGCGGGUGGACUGAUCAUAGCCUGCACCAUUCUGCUGAUUUCCACUCUGUUGCUGAUUUACAAGGUGUGCCGCAUGAGCAGACGCAUCAAGACGCUGAGCAACGAUAAUGACCUGAUCAGCACCUCCGAAUACUGGAUGGAAACCGCCAAGAAGAGCAAAGGCGCGUCGGAGACAGAAGCCAAAGAGACCACUGUGUUAAUGGCUGACAUCAACCAAACACAGGAGGCUGUGGAAAACAGUGGAACCAAGGAUGAGGCAGUGAAAGUAAACGAGGAUGAACAAACUGGUGAGGAGGACAAGAAGGAGGUAGGAGACACUGCCAAGAGUGAGGAAGCUUCCACCACACCUGUAACCGCUGUGGAUAAUGCAGCCUCUUCAGAGCCACAAGAGGAGGACAGUGAUACCCAGUCCGUCGAAGCCGAGGCAGCCCCUUCCUCUAAGGGCACAGAGGAACCAAAGGAGGAGGUGUAGAGCUGUGCAUGUGUGCUAAAGAGUUUCCUGAGCACCUGCCUCAACUUCCCUCUAGCUUUACGACCCUUUUAUGGUAAAUAAAGGACACUUUUUUAAUCAGCUUUUGCCUUACAGUAAGUUGAACAGCUGCGUGUGCUGCCAAAUGUGUCAAACUGGGCGCUGAGCAUUUCCGGUUUAAAAAAAAUCUUUUUUGUUAAUUGUGUUUUUUGAAUCUUGAAACAUUUGUGUUAUUAUAAUACACUUUUGUAUCAUUUAUGUCUCACACAUUUUACUUUUUGAGAUGUAAAUACAUGUUUGAAAUAUGAUAUAUGCAACAACCAGAGAAAUAAACAACCUGUAAUCUCA